AUGCCACCACCCCUGAACUUCAUGUUGUUAUUUUCAGGUACUCGUAGAAACCGUCCGCAGCCUUCCCAACGUUCAGCGAUGUGAGAGAACGAGCGCGUGUGACAGGCGUGGCAUACUAUUUCCUGUAGUUCAGGGUAUUGCUGGGGUAUUUCCUGCGCCAUGCGCAUAUCAAGCUUGUCUUUCAGGUGUUUGCCUUUGAGCGAUAUACUGGCCGCGGAGACAGUUUAUAACAUGAUCGGGCUAAGCAGUCAGUCCGAGGAAUCUGAUCUUCACGAAGGAGCCAGAUAUUUCAAGUACGGUUCGAUCGAUCUUGACAUCAUGUUGUUGCGAUGUAAGUGGCUGGAGUGUCAUAGGAAGUUGAUGAACCUGACUCGGCACCGAGGGCGUCGAUGUAUAAUUGGUUGAAAUUCUGAAGCUGUCCUGUUCGAAUGGAUUAGGAUAUUCUUGAUUCAAGCGGCGAGUCUGGGACCACUGCGUUACUAGUCCGCGCUUCUAUGCCAUAUCCCUAGGAGUAUCAUUCGAAGGGAGAGACAAAAACGAGACGCAGUUACGC